AUGGAGGAAGACGUCCUCAGUGAUGUAGUUCCUAGCAAUAUAGUCUCGCGUCAACAAAGCGAGGGCGUGGAGAGCGAGUACGCGGACGAAAUUCUUAGUGAGCAGGAUGAACUGCAGAGCGAGGAAGAAGAUGAUAAUAAGGGAGAGAGAAGCAGCGCUGCUUCACCACAAAAGCUAGCACAAAUACAGGCCAGCGCGGACCGGGCACAGAAGAAGCAGAAGCGAAAAGCGGAGGAAGGAAAGCUACAAGUAAAAAGACAGGAGAUGGAUAAGGCGAAGGCGAGUAUUGUCACGGAUGCUGUUAAACGGUAUUCAUAUCUGCUUGGACAAACGGAACUCUUCAAACACUUUGUUGAUAUCAAGAAAGCGCGCGAUCCCGAGUAUGCCGCAAUGCUGGAUGCUCAGCCGAAGCCAAAGGGACGGGGUCGUAAGAAGGCAGUUGAUAACAGCGCCCGACACCGGAAAUCAGAGAAGGAGGAGGAUGAAGAAAUGUUGAAGGACGGUGAGAUGGCUGUAGACGGUAACGAUCAACCGUUUGUGUUCGAGGAGUCUCCUAGCUUUGUAAAUGGGACGAUGCGAUCAUAUCAGCUCCAAGGUCUCAACUGGAUGGUAUCACUACACCAUAACGGCUUGAAUGGAAUAUUGGCCGACGAGAUGGGGCUAGGAAAAACUUUGCAGACGAUAGCCUUCCUCUCCUAUCUCAAGCACUAUCGAAGUAUUUCUGGACCUCAUCUCAUCGUUGUUCCGAAAUCAACUCUGCAAAAUUGGGCGCGGGAAUUUGAGAGGUGGACGCCUGACGUGAACACCGUCUUGCUCACAGGUACCAAAGAGGAACGUGGAGCACUGAUUGCAAACCGACUCAUUCCUCAAGACUUCGACGUCCUCAUCACUUCAUAUGAGAUUUGUCUCAUUGAGAAGUCUGCUCUCAAGAAAUUUUCAUUCGAAUACAUUGCCAUAGACGAAGCACACCGAAUCAAAAAUGUGGAUUCCAUUCUCUCCCAGAUCGUUCGCUCCUUCAUGUCUCGAGGACGUUUGCUCAUCACUGGAACGCCACUGCAGAACAACAUGAAAGAGCUGUUCGCGUUGCUUAACUUUAUUUGCCCAGAAAUCUUCUCCGAUUACGCCGACUUAGAUAGCUUCCUGCACAAGGAUGAAGCAGAAGGAGAAGGAGACGAUGAGAAGAGCAAGAAAGUGGUAGAAGCAUUGCAUAAGAUUCUGCGGCCCUUCUUGCUUAGACGCGUGAAGAGCGAUGUCGAGAAGAAUCUAUUGCCCAAGAAAGAGAUUAACAUAUAUGUCGGUCUCACUGAAAUGCAACGCAAAUGGUACCGCUCAGUUCUAGAGAAGGACAUAGAUGCUGUCAAUGGCUUGACCGGUAAGAAAGAAGGCAAGACACGCUUGAUGAACAUGGUUAUGCAACUGCGAAAGGUUACUUGUCAUCCUUACCUUUUCGAUGGCGCGGAACCGGGUCCUCCAUAUACUACAGAUGAACAUUUGGUUGAAAACUCGGGAAAGAUGGUCAUUCUCGACAAGCUUCUCCAAUCAAUGAAAGCCAAGGGCUCCCGUGUCCUCAUUUUCAGUCAAAUGAGCCGCAUGCUCGACAUUCUGGAAGAUUAUUGUCUAUUUCGAGGCUACAAAUACUGUCGUAUCGACGGUGGAACCGCUCAUGACGACCGAAUUGUCGCAAUCGACGAAUACAACAAGCCAGAUAGCGAGAAAUUCAUUUUCCUGCUUACCACCCGUGCUGGUGGAUUGGGUAUCAAUCUGACCACGGCAGACAUCGUCGUCCUCUACGAUAGUGAUUGGAAUCCUCAAGCCGAUUUGCAGGCAAUGGAUCGUGCACAUCGUAUUGGUCAGACAAAGCAAGUCUAUGUGUUCAGAUUCAUUACAGAGGGCAGUGUGGAGGAACGCAUGUUGGAGCGGGCUGCCCAGAAGCUACGCCUCGAUCAACUUGUUAUUCAGCAGGGCCGAACACAGAACACCAAAGCCGCAAAUAAGGAAGAAUUGCUGGAAAUGAUUGCUCAUGGUGCUGAGAAUAUUGUAAACUCCAAUGCAGACCUCAUGAUCAACGAUGACAUCGAAGCAAUCAUCCAGCGUGGCGAAGUACGGACAGUGGAGUUGAACAGCAAGUAUGAAGGUCUCACCUUCGAAGACCUCAGCAACUUUAAAUCUGAGGCCUCCGUCCAGCAGUGGGAGGGCGAGGACUUUCGUACUGGCCAACGAAAGCCUCUGCAGCUCAAUCCGUUGGCUCUAUCAAAACGUGAGAGGAAGCUGAACUAUUCCGUCGACAGCUACUUCAAAGAGACCAUGCGUGCUGGGCCCUCGAAGACAGAGAAGGCACCCAAAGUGCCGCGUGCGCCCAAGCAGAUCCAGUUACAGGACUUCCAAUUUUUCCCAGCUAGACUGGCAGAGCUGCAGGAGCAAGAGCUUGCCGCACACAAAAGGCAAAAUGAUAUUCCUGCUACACUGCGUGAGUCUGCGGGUCCGGAGGACACGCCAGAGAAGCUCGAAGCUGAGCGACAAGCCGCUCAGGAGUAUAUAGACAACGCCGAACCGUUAACUGAGGAGCAACUCCAAGACAAGGAAGAAUUGAUCGCUCAAGGCUUUGAGACAUGGAGCAGACGAGAUUUCCAACAAUUCGUUCGCGCUCUGGAGACGUAUGGCUGGACCGAUGACUACGAGCUGCUUGCAUCCGAGAUCCAGGAUAAGAACGCAGAUGAUGUUGCUGAUUAUUAUCCAGUGUUUAGAAAGAAAUGGAAAGAACUCGCCGAAUAUCCACGUAUAAAGGCUCGCAUCGAAGAGGGCGAGGCUAAACGUAACAAGCGGUCAAACCUUGAAGCGUUGCUCUCAAAGAAGAUCGCGUCUGUGCGGUAUCCGAUGCAGGAGCUGGAACUCAACUACCCGACAACGAAGGGUAAAGUGUACUCGGAAGAGGAAGAUCGCUACCUCCUCUGUCGCCUCAACCACUACGGCAUGCGGGCAGAGGAUGUGUACGAGAGGAUCAAGAAGGACAUCACAGAGUUUCCUGUCUUCCGAUUUGACUGGUUCUUUAAAAGUCGCAGUCCCCAAGAAUUACAGCGAAGAUGUAAUACUUUACUGGGCAUGAUUGAGAAAGAGGCCGAGGUCAAACAAGCCGAAGAGGUCAAGACGAAGGGUACGAAGGGCAAGAAGCGAGGCAUCGACGCCGUGGAGAAAUCCGAGAAGUUAGACAAGCCUUCGCGUUCAGCGACUCCUGCUAGCACGACUCCUGCUGCCGCCCCAGCAAAACGGCAAUACAAGAAGAGGAAGACGUAA